AUGACCGAAGCUAAAUAUGUUAUAGCUGGCUGGGAUUGGGAUGCUGAAGGAAACGAUGAGUUGGCUCUCAAAGCCGGUGACGUAAUAAAACUAAUUAGCAAACAUAACGAUAACUGGUGGGAAGGCGAGCUUGAUAGUCGUCGCGGAUUGUUUCCUGCAAGCUAUGUUCGGGUUUUGGAAAAUGUGCUAGAAGAGAAUAGCACACAGGAAUUAGCAGACACCCAAACUGGCAGUCUGGCUCAUGUGUACGGUAAUGCAAUUGAAAGAGAAGUUCAACAGAUGUACUCCGAGGAAGUGAGUAAGGAUCAGGACGUCAGGAUAAACGAAUAUAGUAAUGAGGAUGGAACAAACUAUCAUCUGCAAAAUCAAGCCGUUGAAGAGAGUGUUCAGUAUAUUUCGGAGCUGAGAUACGAGACUCUCUAUUAUGAGCAAGAAAAUUUCAUUGAGCAACAACAAGAACCUAUCAAUGUCCCAUCGUAUAAUAAACAUGCUGAUCAGGAAUCAAAUGUCGACCACAUAAAACGCUCGAACAGGCAUCGACCAACGGGCAGUGAAGGACAUCAACUAUCAGUUGAGCACGUUGAAAUACAACACAAUGAAUCCCAAUCAACACAAGAAAUCACUGAAGAUGUCACGGCUGAACCAAUACAUCAUGCACCAUAUGACCGAGAAAUCCAUAACGACAGCAACAACGAUGCUGAAUCUGUUAAAGAAGAUUCAUCAGAAGAAGAGCAAGCUGAUCACAAACAUUAUCCCCGACUGCUUUACGCUGGAGAACAACCAUCUCAGGAGGAAUUGUUGCUGCAGAAUACCAUUGACGACCAAGGCGAACAAAGUAUGCACGAUCAGUAUUUGGAUGAGCAAUUGUCAGAAGAUGAGACGUUCCCCGAAGACCUAUUAAGAGAACAAAUAUUUGAAAGGGAGUUCGAAGGAAACGUCUGGGAUAUCAUGGAACAUUAUCGUAAUAGGGAAGGUUUGUCGGACAAUUAUACGGAUAAUGUUUCCCCGCAAGUGGAUGCCGAUGAAGUUCAUACAGCCGAUGAUGAAGGCUACCAUCUACUUCCAAGCGAUGAUGAGGGACGUUACAGCGAACUACAUUCAUCAUUAAACGUUGAAGAUUAUGAGAAUACUCUACGUGCUGCAUCAUUAGAACAAGACGAUUCAAUCAACAAGGGAGUGGGAGAUCUGAAGCUAGAAGACGAUUAUGAAGACAAUCCAUUUGUUUCAUCAGACGAAACCUUUGAUCAAUUAUCACAAUCAAGAACCACUAAUGACUUGGAAGACGAUGAUAUUGAUAGUCCUCAACGUAAGAUUUCUGAUUCCACUAUAGAUGAUGAUAUUUAUAGUGAGGAUGGGCAAGCGUCCUUAUACAGUUCAACAAUGGGAGAGAUGGCUUGGGAUACUUCGUUACUGAAUACGGAACUACAUAGAAAAGCCGUCGUCUACGAUGAUUUCUCAUUGGUGGUGACUCAAACGCUUCAAGGCAAUCAAUCCUUCGAGCGGCAGGUUAUAAGCAAUGAGCAUGAGGAGGGAACGGUCCAACUGCCAAGUCGAGAUGGCAGGGAACAAGAUGACGACAAUGUAAUUCUAAAUUCUGAUGCAACGGUUCCAACUGACGAUGUAGCAUUGGACAAUCAAAGAUCGUCAGAAUCAGGUGAUCAACGUCAACGUCCCCCAUCGGUAAUACAUUCACAACUGCGUCAGCUAGAGUCUGACCGUAACCAACAAUUGAAUUUACCGAAAGGCUGGUGGUCUAGCGUCGACGACAGCGGUGCAGUAUUCUAUUACAACGAAUUCACGAAUGAGUCACAGUGGGAGAUGCCAGUAGAAACAACGGCCAUAGCGAUAAAUAAGACGGAAGAAGAAAGAAACGAAGAAGCUAUAAGCAACGUCGUAGAAUCUGAAUUAAUGGAAGGAUACGGUUUGUCAGAAAACAUUAAUGAACCGAAUUACCCUACGACCGAGGAAUCUGUUGACCUUAGAAGUUAUUCCAGAACUCACUCUGACAAUCACCACGAGAGGCCCAUUCCACCGGAGAAAGUAUAUUAUGCUACUGGUGAGGAUCAUCAUGCUGGGCUGGGUGGAUCCGGCGACCGGACAGAACUAAGUAUAUUGCAACUCGAUCGCAUACCAGCCGAAUGGAUCCAUAAGCAAGGCUUUUUAUCAAUGAAAGCGGAAAGUCCAGAAGGCGAUAAGCUGAGCUCAUGGAAGCUAUAUUGGGUUGUGCUUUGUGAUGUAUAUAUACUAUUCUACAAAAGCUCACCUGAGAGGAACAAAAAAACCGAGAAGAAAGCAAUGCCAGUGGGGCUAUUUGACGUGCAUAAAGAUAAAUUAGAGUUGGCGGGGAGACGACAUACCAAGCAGAAACAUGUAUUUAUACUUAAUGCUUGUGAUGGAGUGAGAAUAUUUAUGCAAGCUCAGACUGAUAAUGAAGCAAAAGGAUGGGUAGAUAUGAUAAAUUUCAAUCAAGAAAUGCGAAGAAAAUCUCACGAGUCAAAUAACGAACCAGCGAGUGAAUUCAGGAAGACAGAAAAAGAGAAUACAAGCCUUGUCAAGAAGAAAUCUAAAAAAUUCGGUGCCAGUAAUGUCGCAUCGAAAAAGAGGAAUUGGUUCUUCCAGAAUAAGCCACAGUCAUCGAACUAUAACAAGAGGCCCGUACACAACGAUUUGAUUUUUGGUGGACUGCUUGAAAAUCCAGAUGGUCGAAUACCACAAAUUGUCGAACAAUGCAUAAAAGUAGUGGAUGAACGCGGUUUGCAAAGUGUUGGCUUAUAUCGACUAUCGGGAAAUACAGCCACCAUUCAGAAAUUGCGAAAUCAGGUUAAUGAUGGCGAACCAGUAAAUCUCUACGAUGAACCAGACAUAAACGCAAUAGCCGGGCUGCUUAAACUUUAUUUUCGCGAAUUGGCUAAUCCUUUGAUACCAUUCGAAUACUAUGAUAUAUUUAUAGAGGCAGCAAAAAUAACUGAUUAUAAUGAGAAAAUGUACCGACUACACUCGCUGGUUCAUUCUCUCCCUCAAGUCUAUUUCGAAACCCUCGAAACUCUCAUGAGACACUUGUCACGUGUGACAUCUUAUAGUGAGGAAAAUAAGAUGGAACCGCAAAAUCUAGCAAUUGUAUUUGCUCCCAAUUUAAUCCGACCUUUCGAAGCCGGAAUCGAAAAGCGUGUGGAAAUAAGUGAGGAAUAG